ACACAAGCGGAAGUAAAUACUCGUAGUGGCAUAGUUGCGUGAACGAGGAGCCAAAGUAUCAACUGAAACGUGGACGUUACGCAUUUACUUUACCAAAACCAGCAAAGUAUUGCAAAGUUUAUGGCCUGAAUGCCAUAAAUCAAUAGACCUAAUUUAAUUUGCAUUUUAUAAUUACAUAAAAUACGAGGUUCGAAGAAUCGUGCAGUAAUCUUUGGGCCUGGAAGGACGCUCCGCUAGUUGUAGCUCCUCAGCUAGUAAUAUAGCAUUUAACACAUAGACCGGUUAAAAGCUACCAAAGUAGCUAUUUUAACCCGCGGAUGUCUGUUACCCUUUUUAAGCAGAUAAGCAGCGUCAACCCAUUGGCCGCGGUGGUGGGAAGGUUCGGUUGGAUUAACAAUGAUUAUUGAAAACCUCGAUGCAUUUAAAACAUGGCUGUCUGAAACCCUCGAGCCCAUCUGUGAUGCAGACCCUUCCGCCCUCGCCAAGUAUGUUGCUGCUUUGGUUAAAAAGGACAAAAGUGAGAAGGAGCUUAAAGCCUUGUGUAUAGACCAGUUGGAUGUAUUUCUCCAGAAAGAGACCCAACCGUUUGUUGAUAAGUUAUUCGAGGCCGUUAAUAACAGGAGUUACCUGCCCCAGCAAGAGCAACCACCCCCACUGGUCAAGGUUGUGAAGGAGGAGCCAAAGAAAGAUGAGAUAAAUCGCGAAGACGAACGAGACAAGAAGUUUUCUCGACGAGUGAAUCAUAGCCCUCCUCAGUCCAGCUCUCGCUACAGUAGAGAUGGAAGGAGAGGAGAUGACCGUAAGAGAGAUGAUCGCUCCAGAAAGAGGGAUUAUGAUCGCAUCCCGCCAAGGAGAGACUCUUAUCGGGAUCGCUACAACCGCAGGAGAGGCCGCAGUUACAGUCGUAGUCGCAGCAGGAGCCGGAGCUGGAGCAAAGACCGCAUCCGGGAUCGGGAUAGAGAGCGGGACAGGGACAGAGAUCGCAGCAGGAGCCAGUCUCUAAGCAGAACUCGGUCCAGGAGCAGAAGUCGAGAUCGAGAUUCAGGAAAGCUGAAGUACGAUCACGAUCGAGGGGAAAGACCGGAGGGUGUCGAUGUUUACACCCCACCAUCUCUUGUCUCUGCAGCAACUACUUCACACUUUCCUGUGCCAACUCUGAGCAGCGCCAUCACAGUUAUCGCCCCCACCCACCAUCAUAGCAACAACACAACUGAGAGCUGGUCAGAGUUUCACUCUGAUCGCCCCGUGGAUCACGUGCCCUUUAACAGGGGACCGCCAGCUCAGCCGAGGAAGCGAUGUCGGGACUAUGACGAAAAGGGCUUCUGCAUGCGAGGAGACAUGUGUCCUUUUGAUCACGGGAGUGAUCCUGUCGUUGUGGAGGACGUCAAUCUACCCAGUAUGCUGCCCUUCCAACCUCCACCAAUCCCAGUUGUGGACCAACCACCCCCUCCAGGUCCACCACCGCCACCCCUCAUAACCCCCCCACCUAUAAACCUGCGGCCCCCUGUACCACCACCAGGCACCCUCCCGCCCAGCCUUCCACCUGUAGCAGGCCCCCCUCCUCCUCUUCCUCCACUACAGCCUGCAGGCAUGGAUGCUCCUCCCAACUCCAUUACCAGCUCUGUGCCCACCAUCGUCACCUCUGGGAUCCGCUCCUCAAUCCCCCAACCGCCUGCAUCACUCUUCAAUGCUGAUUAUGACACAGAUGUGUACAAUCCUGAAGCCCCAAGCAUCACCAACACUUCGAGGCCGCUGUACCGCCAUCGGGUUAAUGUCCAAAGACCCAACCUGAUAGGUCUCACCAUGGGUCAUGUUGACCAUCCACAAAGAGAAAAGAUUCCCAACAACAGCAUGAGAAUUGUCAUGGAAUCCGAUUCCAGGAAAAGGCCUGCCGCCUCCCAUGAUUCUUUACCCCCCAAGAAAACUUGGUUUGAGAGGUCUAGCUUCAACAAACCCAACCACCAGGGCUACCACAAAAGACCUCCGUUCUCUCUCAACACCAAGCUGCUUGUUCGGCAGAUUCCCUCAGAGCUCAACAACAUCAGCAAACUCAACGAGCAUUUCAGCAAGUUUGGCACCAUCGUCAACCUGCAGGUGGCAUACCAAAAUGACCCAGAGGGGGCACUUAUACAAUUUGCCUUUCCAGAGGAGGCUGAACGGGCUAUGCAAAGCACCGAAGCUGUUCUCAAUAACCGCUUCAUUAAGGUACACUGGUUCCGCGGCGACAGGAACGACGGACAGACGCAGGCUCGGCUGCAGCAGUCAGAUCCACAGCCAGCUGCGCAGCUGCCAGAAACCACAGUAAAGCAGUCCAUCAAAGAUCGCCUUGGACCCAUGCUCCCUGCAAAUUCGGAGCCCUCUCAGGAAUCCAGUGUUGCCUCUCAGAAUGCUUCUAAAGUGUCGGUGAAGGACCGCUUAGGUUUCUCUGCCAAGCCAGCCGCUCCUGUUGAAAAAGUGUUCUCAACUUCCACGGGCCUCACAAAGACGGUGUACAAUCCUACAGCUCUGAAAGCAGCCCAGAGGACCUCGGAGGAGGCCCUGAAGAAGAAACAGGAAGCCCUAAAAUUACAACAGGAUGUAAGGAAAAAGAAGCAAGAAAUUCUAGAGAAACACAUUGAAACGCAGAAGCUCCUGAUUUCCAGACUUGAAAAGAACAAAACGAUGAAGGCAGAAGAUAAAGCAAAGAUCAUGAAAACGUUGGACACAUUAACUAAAAGCAUUACCAAACUGCAAGAGGAGAUAAAGGGAAUCUCCAGCUUUGUCAAUCCACUGAGAACUGCCAAGAGCAAGGCUCAGGCACAGAAAGAACUGCUAGACAUAGAGUUGGAGCUGUAUCAGAAGACCCAAGCUGGAGAAGACACCGCUUUACUGAAGAUCAAGUACACACAGCUCCAGAUUGAGGCGGCUAAGAGGGGACUCUUGUCACCAGGACGAGGCCGGGGUGUCCACGCCGCAGGUCACAGUGCUGUCAGGGCUCGAGGGAGGGGCUCCAGGGGGCGAGGGAGAGGAGUGCCCAUGCAUGCAGUGGUAGACCAUCGACCACGGGCGCUGGAAAUUUCUGGUUUCAAUGAUGAGGACCGUGUAAACCUGCUGCCACACUUUGCUCAAUUUGGAGAAAUUGAAGAUUGCCAGAUGGAUGAAAACAGUCCGACUGCAGUCGUCACGUACAAGACGAGAGCUGAAGCAGAGCGGGCGGCUUUGCACGGGUUGAGAUUUAACAACCAGACUUUACGGCUGGCCUGGCAUAAGCCUGCAACGACUCUUAGCACUGCAGAAGAAGAGGAAGAGCAACAGGAGGAUGAGUACCCAGAAGAGUCGCUGAGUGAUGAUGCAUUGCUCCAAGAUGACGAUGAAGAGGAGGACGACAACGAGCCCCGUUCAUGGCGAAGAUGAAGCACAUAGUCUGAUCUGGCUGCACUGGUGUGGACAAUGAGCAGCAAUUCCAAUACUGUUCAAUUAGUGCUUGUUUAUAAAUCAACUAGACACAGUUUUAGUUUGUUUAGCCUUUCUUUUGCCUAACCCAUGUCUAACAGGCAGAAAAACUUUGUGUGGUUUAAUUUUAACAUGUAACCCAAAUGCAAGAGUGAUGUUUUUUUUAUGCUCUUACUGUAGAUUUGAUUUUUUUUUUCCCAGAAUGCAGGUAGUUUGUCUGAACAUGUGAGAGUUAAUCAUACCGACACAUUUUUGAACUGAACUUGUGUUGUGGUUUAACUAAAUGACAGACUUAAGCUUUUCGCUGAAUAGUAUUAGUUGAAAGGUUAAAAUGCUUGAGUGUAAAUAUUUUACGUCUGGGUUUAAAUGAUUUGUAUGAGAGCUUUGCUGUCAGUUCUCGGCUUUUCUUUGAAUUGUACAAAAAAAAUAAAGAAUUGAAAUGGUCUGAAAAAAUCCUGCCCCCAGAAAAGAAAAAAAAGAAGAAAAAAGAAAAAAAAACAAUGAAGGGGUGGCAGUGACGAAAAAAGUACUUAAAAAAGAUUUUAGAAAAAGACCAUUUCAAAAAAACAAAAAAAAAACUUCCUCUUCACCUUCAGAGCAAACUUCCUCAAAAAGAUUCCUCUUUUUAUUGUUUUUGUCCUGGAUUCAGAUUGGUAAGGUAAACAUUAAAAUCCAAUAAUAUCAAGGUAAGAAAAUGCACAUCUUAAUGGAUUUAAACUUUUUUAUUUAAAAUGAGUCAUUUCAAUUGUAAAAGAAAAAUGUAACUAAUAUUUUUCUUAUUUCUUUUUCUUUUAGAUCCAGAAGCAGCUUGCAGAACUUCCCUCCAAAAUAAAGACCCUAAUGUUUAUAUGUUGACUUUUAUACCGAAAAUGUUGCUGUACUAAAAUCACAUAAAUGACCAAAAUCAGGCUGGAACUGUUAAAAUAAUAAAAUAUUGUCCAAUGACACUAAAAGAGCA